AAUUGGGAAGUUCUGGAAGAUCUGAAACUUCUGGAACUUUUGAAGAUUCUGAAGUUAACUUUGGAGAAUUCUUUACGGAUGGAAUUGAUUUCUUGUCAUUAGAUCUUCUCUGUAAAAAUGAAAUUCUUACAUUAAAACGUGCCAAGAGAAGAAAUAUGGAAAGAUUACAACUUAUUUGUGAAGGAAUCGCACAAAAUUCUGUAAAUGAUUUAUCUUCAGAAAUUCUCAGAUACACAGGACUUAUUUAUGAACACACUCUUGAAAAAGAAAAAUAUACCUUUGUUGAAGAGGUUAAAAAUUCAAAAUCUGUUAUAAUAUUGGUUAAAAGACCUAAUUCUCACAUAAUUGCACAGAUUAAUGAUGCCAUCCGUGAUAGAUUAUGA